AUGAGUUGUAUCUUUUUUGAGAGUAGCAUUGAGAACCGAAAUAAUUCUUCGAUCUGGAAAGCUGAUUUGUCCAGCGGAUCCAACGGAGAUCGGAACGUUUCGAUGGAGUUCAAAAACGCCCCUUCAGCAGCUCUAUCGACGUUUUCACAAAUUCUAAAAAUUGGGACAAAUGGAUUCAACGGAUUUUCCGAGGGAUGUCGAUGGACUUCGGCUGGAAAUUUCUGUGAACUUGAUUGUUUUUUGUGA